AUGCUCAGCCAUCCGAGCACAGUCCCUUCCCCGCCACUUCUCUCUCUGCUGCUUUGGGGUGCUCUCCUGUGGGCUGGCUCCCUCCCUGAUCUGGCCUGGGGCACAGAGACCUUCACUCUGGGGGUGCUGGGUCCCUGGGACUGUGACUCCAUCUUUGCCCAGGCCCACCCCAGUGUGGCUGCCCAGCUGGCUGUAGACCAAGCCACCCAGAACCCCUCACUAAUGCUGGGCUCACGCCUGGCUUCCGUGGUUCUUCCCACAGGCUGUGACAGCCCUAGUGCCCUGGCCACAUUCCUGGCCCACAAGUACACCGUGGCUGCUUUCGUGGGCCCCGUCAAUCCUGGUUACUGCCCAGCUGCAGCUGUGCUGGCCCAAGGCCAGGGCAAGACCCUCUUUUCCUGGGCAUGUGGGGAUGCAGGGGGAGGAGGUGAGCUGGUGCCCACCUUGCCUUCGGCAGUCUGCGUGCUGCUGUCUGUCAUGAGACACUUUGACUGGGCUCACGUGGCCAUUGUGUUCUCCCACCAGGACUUCUGGCUGGCUAGCCUGGCCAUGACUCUCAGGACACAUGGGCUCCCUGUGGGGCUGGUGACCUCUCUGGGACCUGGGGAGCAGGGGGCCACGGAGGUCCUGACCCUUUGCAGUGUGGAUGGCCUGAAAAUUGUGGUGCUGUGCAUGCCCUCAGCACUCCUGGGUGGCUCCGAGCAGACCGCCCUGCUGAGCAAGGCAUGGGCCCAGGGCCUGACAGAUGGGAGGCUGGUCUUCCUGCCCUAUGACACGCUGCUCUUCGCCUUGCCCUACCGUAACUGCUCCUAUCGCCUGGGCACCAGCGGGCCCCUGUGGGAGGCAUACGAUGCAGUGCUGACCAUCAGCUUGGAGUUCAGCCUCAGAGACAUGGGCUUUGAAGCUGCCAGGGCUGAUGGAGAGGUGAGUGUGCACCUGGAGCCAGAGCAGGUGUCCCUGCUCUUUGGAACCAUCUAUGAUGCUGUUGUCCUGCUGGCCCAAGCCCUGAACCUCUCUGAGAGCCAUGGGGCAGGACUCUCAGGGGCCCACUUGGGGGACAACACAGGGUCUCUGGAUGUGGCUGGCUUUAACCAGAGGAUCCGGACAGAUAAGAAGGGAAGGAGGCUGGCUCAGUACGUCAUUUUGGACACAGAUGGUCGGGGAAGCCAGCUGGUUCCCACCCACACCCUGGACGCAGACACAUGGCAAGUACAGCCCCUGAAUAGGGCUAUCCACUUUCCAGGAGGAGUCCCUCCAGCUCGUGACUCCAACUGCUGGUUUGACCCUAAUACACUAUGCAUAAGAGGUGAGCAGCCCCCCGAGGCCUCCUCGCUCUGGCCCUGGCCUGUGUCCUGGUGCUGGCCGGCGGGGCCCUCAUUUGCCUCAUCAGCUGCAGGCCCCCACCGGAUCCUGCUGAUGGCCUAGGAGCUCACCUUCAUCCAGCGGCCCCUGAGCAGACAGAAGCUGCACGUGGACAGUGUGAGUGGAUCAAGAAGUGUGGCAGACAGCGGGAGCCUGAGGUCUGUGGCCCAGGGGUCAGCAAGGAGCCUACCGGCCCCCCAGGAGCCCGCCAACAUGGCUCUGUACCAGGGAGAGUGGGUGUGGCUGAAGAGAUUUGAAGGUGAAACAGCCCCUGAGCUGUGGCCAAGCUGCCUUAGUGUCCUGAGAAAGAUGCGGGAGCUGUGGCAUAAGAACAUCACCACCUUCCUGGGCUUCUUCGUGGCCGGUGGGGUUAGUGCUCUGGUGUUGGAGCACUGUGCUAGGAGCAGCCUGGAGGACCUGCUAAGGAAUGAGGCUCUGCGGCUGGACUGGACCUUCAAGGCCUCCCUGAUGCUGGAUUUGAUCCAUGGGGUGCAGUAUCUACACCAUCGGUGUUUCCCUCAUGGCCACCUCAAGUCCCGAAACUGCGUGGUGGAUGGGAGCUUUGUGCUGAAGGUCGCUGACCAUGGUUAUGCGGAGCUCCUGGAUGCUCAGAGCCAGCCCCAGAAGGUCAGCUCAGGGGUGGGCAGGGGGCUGCCAGAAGAGCUGCUGCGGAUGGCUCCGGAGCUGCUGUGGGGGCCUGGAGCACCCGGGCGGGGCACCCUCAGAGGAGACACCUUCAGCAUCGGCAUUAUCCUGCAGGAGGUGCUGACCGGAGGCCCGCCCUACGGUUCCCCGGGGCUCCCAGCAGAAGAAAUCAUCAGGAAGGUGGUAUCUCCCCCUCCCCGGUGCCAGCCCCUGGUGUCCCCUGACCGUGGGCCACCCGAGUGCAUCCAGCUGAUGAAGCAGUGCUGGAAGGAGGCUCCAGAGGACAGACCCAAUCUGGACCAGAUCUACAGCCAGUUCAAAAGCAUCAACCAAGGCAAGAAGACCAGUGUUGCUGACUCUAUGCUACGGAUGCUGGAGAGGUAUUCCCAAAACCUGGAGGACCUGAUCUAGGAGCGGACUGAGGAGCUAGAGCUGGAGAGACAGAGGACAGAAAGGUUGCUCUCUCAGAUGCUCCCCCUGUCUGUGACUGAAGCUCUGAAAAUGGGGGUAGCCGUGGAGCCAGAGUACUUUGAUCAGGUUACCAUAUACUUCAGUGACAUUUUGGGCUUUACCACUGUUGCAGCCCUGAGUGAGCCCAUUGAGAUGGUAGGCUUGCUCAAUGACCUCUACACACUGUCUGAUGAGGUUCUGGGCAACCAUGACGUGUAUAAGGUGGAGACCAUUGGGGAUGCCUACAUGGUGGCCUCGGGACUGCCCAGGCGCAACGGGAGCCAGCAUGCGGCCGAGAUUACCAACAUGGCCCUAGACAUCCUCAGCUCUGUGGGUGACUUCCGAAUGAGGCAUGCGCCCACUGUGCCCGUUCCUAUCAGGGCUGGCCUGCACUCAGGGCCCUGUGCGGGGGUUGCGGGUCUCACAAUGCCUCGGUAUUGCCUCUUUGGGGACACUGUUAACACCGCAUCCCAGAUGGAGUCUACAGGACCGCCAUACAGAAUUCGUGUCAGCAGAAGCACAGUCCACACACUGCUCAGCCUGGAUGAAGGCUACAAAAUUGACAUCAGAGGCCAGACUGAGAUAAAGGGGAAGGGCUUCGAGGAGACCUACUGGCUGCUGGGGAAGGCUGGCUUCCUCAGACCCCUCCCCACACCUCUGGACAUCAAACCAGGGGAUGCCUGGCAGGAGCUCAUAAACCAAGAGAUCAAGGUGGCCUUUGCCAAAGCCCGCCAGAGCACAGCGGGACCCUGGGGUGCGGGGAGGGCCUUGACCCGGCCCUGAGGAGCAGG